ACCUGAGGAAAAUGGCCGACGUAGAGAUGGAUAUCGAGUCUACAAGAAUGAAUAAUGGAAACGAACACGUGAAAGAAGAUUUGGAGAGCCAUGAGAAGAGUGGGAGUGAGGAGGAGAGUGGUGAAAAUUCUGAAGAAGAAGAGGAGGAUGUUAAAGAGGUCAGAAAGGGGGAAGCUGAAACGAAUGGAGAAAAGACAGCAGAGGGGUCCAAACAUUACAGCAGUGGCAGCAAGCACAAGAAAAAGAAACACAAACACCGCAGCAAGCACAAAAAACACAAACACGCCUCCGAAGAGGACAAGGACCGCAAGCGCAAACAUCGACACAAACACAAGAAACACAAACGUAAAGAUGGCUCCUCUCCAUCCGCCCCUGGCAUCAACUCUAGCCACAGAAAAACGGACAUAUCCCCUUCAACUGACGACAAGGCCUUAUUGGAGGAGUUGGAGAAACAGAGGGCCAUGAUCAAAGCAGAGCUAGACAGCCAGAUGAUGGAGGGGGGCAAGGUGCAGUCAGGCAUGGGCCUCAUCCUACAGGGUUAUAACUCUGGCUCUGAGGAGGGAGAUGGAGAGGGGGGGGUCCGGAACGGGGAGCAGCGCCAGAGGGGCAGCAUGGUGAAACCCCCCUCCCCCAGGGGUAGGAGUGGUAAUGCCAGACGGGACGCCACAGAAGCAGGCAAGUCCAGCUCCAAGCGCUACAGUCGGAGCAAGUCCAGGGAGAGGACAGGCAAGGAGUCCAAGUCAGACAAAACGACUAAAGGCGCCAAAGACCGUGGCCGCAGCAAAUCAAAAGAGAGGAAACGCUCCCGGAGCAGGUCCAAAGACAGAAGAAAGAAGUCUCCUUCCCCCUCCAGCAGGAGAGCAGAGCAGAGGGGCAGCCGCUCGGACAAACGCUCCUCACCCCAGAAUAACAACAGACCAAACGUGGAGCACGGCGGCCGGAAGUCCAGAUCACGGGAGCGCCCAGGACGGUCGGAGGCGGAGAGAGAGCGGGACAAGAGGCCGACCAAGUCCCAGUCUAAGGACACCUCGUCAGGGAAAGAGAAUCGCUCUCCCCAAAGGCGAGGAGGAGGGGGGCUCAGCAGCCCCCAGAGGAGACGCAGCACCUCCCCACGCCCCACCAGAGACUCCCAGCAGGCAUCAGCUUCAGCCUCCACCUCCAAACAGGGCUCUCCUUCCAGAGCAGCCAGGUCCCCAGCCAGGAGAGGCAGCAGUCGCUCCCUAGACGCCAGGAGGAGGGAUGCUGACAGACAGGGCUCCUCACCACUAAGAAAGCGAAAAUGGCCAGAAGCAGGGCCAGGGGGUAGAGCGAGGUCACGGGAGACCAGCCCCAGAGGUGCUCCCCAAGGUCGCAGGAUGAGCCGCUCUCCCUUCAGAAGAAGGUCCCCCUCGCCCUUCCGGAGACGGAGCAGGUCUCCACUGAAAUGCAGGUCACCAGAGAGGGAUAGGUACGGCCGUCUCAGACAGUACGGCAGGCGCUCCAACUCCUGGGACCGGGACAGGAGGAGGAGACAUGGCCGGGACGAGGACAAAUUCAAGGGCAGCCUCUCUGAGGGCAUGAAGGUCGACAAGGAGUCCUCCGAAGAGGAAGUGUUGGAGGACUUUGAUGGUGAGGAGGUGGAUGAAGAGGCCCUCAUAGAGCAGCGCCGCCAGCAGCGCCUGGCUAUCGUCCAGAAAUACCGUGGCGGCAACGAGGACAGCAUGACGUCCAUGGCGUCGGAGCCCAGUAGCCCCCAGAGCAGCACGCGGAGCCGCUCGCCCUCACCAGACGACAUCCUGGAGCGCGUGGCGGCCGACGUCAAGGAGUACGAGCGGGAGAACCUGGACACGUUUGAGGAGAACAUCAAGGCCAAGCAAGGCCUCAUCACGCAGGAGAAGGACGGACCCAAAAAGCCCUCGGCCCCUGAUAUGUUUACAGAAUCAGACGACAUGUUUGAAGCAGCCAUUGAUAGUGCCAGGAUGAGAGCAGCGGGUGUUGGGGGGAAGGACUUCAAAGACAACCCCAACCUCCGGGACAACUGGACCGACGCAGAGGGUUACUACCGUGUGAACAUCGGGGAGACGCUGGACAAGCGCUACGACGUGUACGGCUACACAGGCCAGGGAAUGUUUAGCAACGUGAUCAGGGGCAGGGACACGGCCCGCGCCGGACAGGAUGUGGCUGUCAAGAUCAUCCGCAACAACGAGCUCAUGCAGAAGACUGGCCUAAAGGAGCUAGAGUUCCUCAAGAGGCUCAACGACGCCGACCCCGACGACAAGUUCCACUGCCUGCGCCUCUUCAGACACUUCUACCACAAGCAGCACCUGUGUCUGGUGUUUGAGCCCCUCAGUAUGAACUUGCGCGAGGUGCUGAAGAAGUACGGUAAGGACGUGGGCCUCCACAUCAAGGCUGUCCGCUCCUACACCCAGCAGCUCUUCCUGGCCCUAAAGCUCCUCAAACGCUGCAGCAUCCUCCACGCUGACAUUAAGCCUGACAACAUCUUGGUGAAUGAGUCAAAGACCAUCCUGAAACUCUGCGAUUUUGGCUCCGCGUCCCACGUGGCGGACAACGACAUCACGCCAUACCUCGUCAGCAGAUUCUACAGAGCUCCCGAAAUCAUCAUUGGGAAGCCGUACGACUACAGCAUAGACAUGUGGUCGGUGGGCUGCACGCUAUACGAACUCUACACAGGCAAGAUCCUGUUCCCCGGCUCCUCCAACAACCACAUGAUCAAACUGGCCAUGGACCUCAAGGGCAAGAUGCCCAACAAGAUGAUCCGGAAAGGUCUGUUCAAAGACCAGCACUUUGAUCAUAACCUCAACUUCCUCUACAUUGAAGUAGAUAAAGUGACUGAAAGGGAGAAGGUGACAGUGAUGAGCACCAUCAACCCCACCAAGGACCUGCUGUGUGACAUGGUGGGCGGCCAGCGGCUGCCCGAGGAGCAGAGGAAGAAGGUCCUGGUCCUCAAAGACCUGAUCGACAGCACGCUGAUGCUGGACCCGGCCAAACGCAUCAGCAUCAACCAGGCCCUGCAGCACCCCUUCAUCCAGGAGAAGAUCUGACCUCAGACUAGCUCACACUAUACCAGUUGCCUGGUUCCAGAUCCAUUUGUGCUGUCUCGCCAGCUAUGGUCAUUGCAUGACAACAACCAUAGUUGGCAAAACAGCACAAACAGAUCUGGGACCAGGCUACUAUACCACCACCACCACCCAGAGCAGCGAUGUCAGGUUGAAUACUGCAGUAUGGCAGCCAAAAAGACAAGACCAGACUCCCCAUUGAGAAUGUUAUGGAUUUAUAUUUUUCCUUCCCCCGAUUUUGAUUAUGAUGGGUACUAUAACCUGGUAUCUAGUUUUAUUGUAAAUAGGUCAUGGAAAAUUGACAUUCUGAAAAAAAACUAUACUUUUGUGAUUUAUCAUUGUAAAACUCCCACCCCGCCCGGGCGGUGAUGCAGCGGCUAUGGACUUUUUCUAUUUAACUGGCAUUGAAAUGACAGACAUUGAAAGAAUAUAAUUCCUGUAAAUAUGUCUAUUGCGUUGUUGGAAGAAUCAAGAGUGUUGGUCGGUUUAGAAAUGUGUGUUGUGUACUAGUCGCAUCAAGAAGAUGAUAUAUAAUAGCACGUCUUCUGCAGUUCAUUUUUUAUGAUUACCAACAUUGCUCAGUCUGCGGUGAUGCAUGCUUUUGAAUGUGCACUCUUUCGUUGUGCCCUAGACAUGUGUAGCGCGGGCCUGUGUAAUGUAAAUGCUCUCUGUGUGUGCAGCAGCAUUUAUGUCCCAUAUGUAAUGGCAGAUGGCAGCACAAGCCCCAUUUCACAGGUCCCAGGCCCGUGAUUAAGGAAUGGACUCAACAGUAGUACUGUACUCCCCUCUGAACAAUAUAAAUGUUCCAUUUCAAGCACAGCCCCGAUUGGCUCCAAUGAUUUCAUAACUUCUCUUUAUUUCUCUAUUUUUCUCUCUCUCUGACACGGUCCUGGCUAUAGGCUCUCAGUUUUAAGUGCCUCGUGCAUGAGACUUGUGUGUAGAACACAGAACAAUGCCAGCUUGUGGAAGCCACCACCCUCCCUCAUUGUUCUCCUCCUAUGUUGUAUACAGUCACCGGCCAGUUUAUUAUGUACACCAAUCUAGUACCGGGUUGGACCUCCCUUUUCCUCCAGAACAGCCUGAAUUCUUCGGGGCAUGGAUUCUACAAGUCGGAAACGUUCCACAGGGAUGUUGGUCCAUG